AUGUGCUGUGGUGAUUUGGAGGAACCUUAUCCGAGUUUGUCUGACUAUCAUGACUACGAGCCGAACCUCGAAUUCGACGAUUCCGAAGUCAUUCAUGCCGCUGCUGCAGUGGCCAUCGAUGAUCCGUUUGUCGUGGAGGAAAAUCACGAGUGCCAGACAGAGUACGCCGAGACCCCGGUGUCAGAUGGGACGAUCGAAGAAAACUUCGAAGAAGAAUUGGGAGCCCUUCACAGCAUAGCCUUCACUGAGGAUGGGAAAGUCGUUCCGAGGUCAUCAUUACAGAAUGCCGAUGACGGCGGAAAGACGGAUGCUGCAAACGAAGACUUCUCAGACAUCGCUCGCUACGGGAUCGUCGAGGUUGUCGGCGACGAUACUUACGGACGGAAGGUCAUUGUUGUGUCUGCCUGCAAGCUUCCAUCUAAGAAGCUACUGGAUCACAAUAGAUUUUUGCGGUACUUGAUGCACACGCUGGAUAUGUUCGUAGAAGAGGAUUAUUCUCUGGUUUAUUUCCACAACGGGCUCAACUCCACGAACAAACCACCGUUGACGUGGCUGUGGCAAGCUUACCGGGCCUUUGACAGGAAAUACAAGAAAAAUUUGAAAGCUUUGUAUCUAGUCCAUCCUACAAAUUUCAUUCGCAUCGUCUGGAAUGUCUUCAAGCCAGCGAUCAGUGCCAAGUUCGGGCGCAAGAUGAUGUAUGUCAACUAUUUGUACGAGUUGAAGCAACAUUUGCACCUUGAUCAGAUUUCCAUUCCUGCUCCUGUGAUUGAACAUGAUCAGAAGCUUAUGUCCAAGCUUUCAGCUUCUGCGGGUACUCGGCUGGUUACGUCCAACAGCGUCACAUUCCCUGUGCUGGAAACGCAGCAGUUCGGAGUCACUCUGGAGUACAUUCGUGAACACAAUGGAGGGAAUCCGAUCCCUCCUUUGGUUUCUAAAAUAAUCUCCUUCCUGUCGCAGGCGGACGCAUUGGAAACGGAAGGAGUUUUUCGAAGAUCCGCAUCUCCAUCGUUGAUGAAGGAAAUUCAGGAUAAGUUGAACCGAGGCGAAGAUUUCGAAUUUACUGAUGUUCACGUAGCCGCGGUGAUCUUGAAAAAGUUUUUGCGCGAGCUUCGAGAACCCUUGAUGACAUUCGAGCUUUUUCCCGACAUCGUUGAUUUUCAUGCUCUACCUCGGGAUGAAAGACUGGAUAAGGUGAAAGAAAUCAUUUUAAACAAACUUCCAGAGGGCAAUUACCUUGUGCUCAAAUACAUCGUGCAGUUUCUCGUGAAGGUGAUGGAUUUCAGUGACCUCAACAAGAUGACUGCCAGCAACCUAGCCGUGGUGUUCGGGCCGAAUCUGGUUUGGUCAUCGAACGAGCAGAUGUCGCUGCAUAGCAUUAGCCCUAUCGUAUCCUUCUUCGAUUUCGUUCUGACAAACCACGACGAAAUCUUCAUUGUAGCUGGAAGUCUGUCUUCAUGUGAGAGCGGAAAAACUCGAGCCUUGGGGACACGAAACACCUCGCAGAGGAUGAGCGAGCUGCAGCAGGAACACAAGCAGAUGCAGCAGCGGCAACCCGGGUCUCAUCCCGUUGCCUUCCCUUUCCAUGCAGCGGAGAGACGGGUUUUCCUCCUGCAUUCCUCGCCCGGUGUGCCGUGUCCUUGUGUUGCCCACCGUUGCACCUCGCGAGAGAGUCGUCUUCCGGACGAGUCUGAAUACGAAUAA